GUAACGGUCAACGGUAUAGUCCUCGCUUGAUCGCGGCGAUCAAGCGAACACCUCGUACAGCGCAGUUCCCGAGUCGCCGUCCGCCGACGACAUCCUUGUUUUUAGAGUUUGUCCAGUGAUAGUCAAGCUCAGAAAUGGACCAGACAAGCUUGGUCGCGUACAUUCAAAAAAUCGGCGAGAACGACCCUCCUCCGGCCGUCGUCAACACUGUACUCGAGGGCCGGAUCUUCGUUUGUUUGGAAAGGCUCGCCGAAGGACUGGUGUGCAAAAAGUGCUAUGCCAUUCUAUCCCUGCUCGACGCGGUUGACUCGGACUGCGAAGAUUUGCAUACGAUAUACGAGGUGCAAUGCCAGAAUUGCCAAACCACCUCGAUAGUCGAUUGCGAAAUGAACAAAGUCUACGCCGAAGAAGUGGACGUGAGGCGUAACGUUUUGCACGACGAGCACUUUGGUCAACGCACCGGUGUCAAGGGCCGACGCAUCCUCGACGUGGUGUACUUCGCCAAUCAGUUGGUCUGCGGGCAAUGCAACGCUAUUCUAUCAUUGCUGGAUAUCAUCCAAGAAGAAGCACACGGAUUUGCAUCGAUUUUUGCGAUUUCCUGCCGAGUCUGCAAAACGGUAUGCAACGUCUACACGGAUAAGCAGCAUCUCGUAGGAAAUGGGCCAGAGAAACAUUUCGAUAUGAACACGAUUACGGUUGGCUCCUGCAUUCUCAACGGCAAGACUAAAGCAGACAUGGACUUGUUCUUCAGUCGCGCGCAGAUUCCGAUAAUGGACUCGGAGAUGUUCGCGGCGCAUGAGAAAGAAAUAAGGGACAUCGAAAUGAGAUUGGGUUACGGCAACACCCAACCGGAAUAGUUGAGAGAAAUUCAACAAAGUAAAUCAGUUAGAUUUAGUAGGAUUUUAAUGACCGUUCGAAAGAUGAAUUUUUUAACGACAAUCGCAAGUUAUCUUAGAUUUAAGUUUUUAUUGUGUGCAUCGAACUCUAUUACACGUGACAUUGUUCCUUUUACAAAAAAAAACUCUAUACUCUUCCAAAAGAA